AUAGCAAGAAUUAGUCACAAGCCAAGAGUCAGUGGAGGAAAACACUGAGAGAAGAAUACAAUGGCAGGCAAGGAGGAUCUGAAGCUGCUCGGCCUGCUGGUGAGCCCGUUCGUGAUCCGGGUGCGCAUGGCGUUGAGCACGAAGGGCGUGAGCUACGAGUACGUCGAGCAGGACCUGUUCAACAAGAGCGAGCUCCUGCUCAAGUCCAACCCGGUGCACAAGAAGGUCCCCGUGCUCAUCCACAACGGUAAGCCGCUGUGUGAAUCGCUCGUCAUCGUGCAGUACGUCGACGAGCUGUUUGCCGGCCCGUCCAUACUCCCCACCGAUCUCUACGAGCGCGCCACUGCUCGCUUCUGGGCCGCCUUCGUCGACGACAAGCUAUGUCCGGCGUGGUUUGGCAUCGUGAUGGCCAAGACGGAGGACGAGAGGGCAGAGAAGGUGACGGAGACUUCUGCUGCGAUCGGGCAAAUGGAGGAAGCCUUCGCCCAGUGCUCCAAGGGCAAGGCUUUCUUCGGAGGCGACUCCAUCAGGUACCUCGACAUCGUGCUCGGCUCCUUCUUGUUCUGGUUCGAUGCGGUGCGCACGAUGUAUGGAGUCGAGAUCAUUAGCGCAAACAAGGUUCCCCUCUUGGCAGCGUGGGCGGAGCGGUUCGGGGAAAGUGCGGAGGUGAAGAAAGUGGUGCCGGAGGUGGACGUGGCCGUGCAGUACGCCAAUAAGCUCCUCGCCGCUUACGCUGCCGCUGCCGCUAAGCGAAUUGGUUCGGAUUGAGUCGUGUAAGAAAAGAAACAAAUAAAGAUGUUGGUUAGCCAUGAUGGGAUUGCCAAGUGAAUGUUCAAGUGUGAUUAUGUGAGUCUGCCAUUCUGGUGAGCGUUCUAUUGUACAAUAAAUUGAGGCGUCUAGCUUUUAUUUGUA